AUGGUUGCAGAAGGGAUUCAGUUUCGUCUCCCUACUUCCUGCAGCGUGGACCGCGCUCAGCCUCCUCCAGCGGUAUCAUAUCCUCCUAGUUACAAGAAGACUCCACCUCCCGUGCCCCCGCGCUCCACCACCAAGCCUCUUAUCUCUGUGACAGCCCAGAGCAGCACAGAGUCCACCCAAGAUGCCUACCAGGAGGGCAGGCAUCCCCGGGGCGGUCUGUGGACCACGGACAGCCUCGGCCGACCCAUCUACAGCUCCACGGACAGCCUGGACAGCACCAAGGCGGUCACCAUGGCCAUGGAGUCAGCAGCAGGCAAGAGGCACGCAUCCUCGGGCAGCCACACCUCCGUCCAGACGUGCGACAAAGCAGUGCUGGUGUCCAAGGCCGAGGAGUACCUCAAAACCCCACGUUCCUCCAUUGGGAUACAGGUGGAAACUGUGACCGACUCGGAGACAGAAGGUAAAGCCCUCCCUCAGUUCCAUUCUAUAGGGAUCCAGGUGGAGGAUCACAAACGGCAUGGGCGGUUCAAGCGCUCAAACAGCGUGACCACUGCGGUGCAAGCAGACAUGGAGCUGGAGGGCUUCCCCUCCAUGGAGGACAAGGGCCUGCAGUUUGGCGGCGGCUUCGGUCGCCACUCGGAGCCCAGCACGCCGACGCAGUACGGGGCGAUCCGCACGGUGCGCACCCAGGGCCUGUUCAGCUACAGGGAGGACUACCGGCCGUCCAGUGGGCCUUCCAGCCCGCAGCCUGAGCCCUGGCUGGUGGGGCCUGGCAUGGAGGGCACAGAGGCCGGCCGCGCGUCCCCCCUCCGCAGGGACGGCAGCUGGUUCAUGCAGCUCCUCCACAAUGAAACCAAGAGGCUGGAGGGAUGGUGCAAAGAGAUGGAGAGAGAGGCAGAGGAACACGACAUGUCGGAGGAGAUUCUUGGAAAAAUCCGGAGCGCAGUGGGAAGUGCUCAGCUGCUAAUGUCUCAAAAGUUCCAGCAGUUUUACUGGUUAUGUCAGCAGAAUCUGGACCCCAGUGCCAUGCCCAGACCCACAUCUCAGGACCUGGCUGGAUUCUGGGACCUGUUGCAGCUUUCCAUCGACGACGUCACUGCCAAGUUCGAUGAGCUGCAGCAGAUCAAGAGCAACCAGUGGCAGCUGGUGGAGAGUCCGGAGAAGAAGGAGCGGAAGUGGCCCCCACCCCUGCCCAAGCGGCCAGCCAAAGGCCACGGCGUUAUAACGCGGGAGCGCUCUCUGGACCUUCAGGACCGCCAGCGACACGAGGCCCGCCGACGCCUCCUGGCCGCCAAACGAGCAGCUUCUUUCAGACAGAACUCAGCCACCGAGAGGGCGGACAGUAUCGAGAUCUACAUCCCCGAGGCCCAGACGCGGCUUUGAGGUCGCCACACACUCAUCGUCCACUUUCUUCCUCCUCCUGCUGUCCUCAUUCUGUCCCCCCAGCUCGUCCACUGUGUUGCCAUCUGUUGUUGCCAUUCUCUGGGUUGUCCCCACUGAAGCUACACUAGGCAAAGAGUUCAGAGGAAACCAUUCCUUUCAGCCUAAAUGACCACGUGGCACUGCCAUGGGGGAGAACGCCCCGUCUUCCCCGAGUGAGGAGUCAGGUGAGUCAGGUGUGUGCGAUGCUCGUCCCACAGGAAGAGAUAAAACAAAUCUGAAAUUUUGAUUGAAACCCGAAACAGUAAAACCUUGACACACCAGCAUUAGACCCUUUUCCUCUCGUCCCUCUGGUCUGAUUAAGGUUGGUUAACAGGGAUCUCAGGCCAGCUGGAUUAGUGAGCGUCAGUAUUCUCAUGGAUAUUCAAUGUCAAAAAAAAAAGGUCUACAUGUCUUCGUCACCUGAAGCUGCUAAUGUGAAGUUGCCUCGUGUAGCUUUCAGCCCUCAGGGGACUCGACACAUUCUGCACCAUGAGAGUGAGCUGCUAUAUCCAAAAAGAAAACAUUUCACUUCACAUGAAUUUCAGCUGUAACUUCAAAGCUUCCGUCAUCGCUAGAAGCCCCACGGAGGGAAUGAGAGUAAUGUUAUAUUUGCUUUGUUCAAAGGGAAACACAAAGUGCAACUUUAUCUCCUCAGCAACAUGGUCCUGGGCUAAAGCAGCCGGAUGUCACCACAGCAGCAGAAAGUGAUGGUUUGCAUUAGACACCUGGUGCAACUUUAUUGUUGUCGAGAUUUCCUGCCACUUUUGUGGUUAUAGAGUCAGAAAGGACGCGCCGUAUAAACAAUACACACGUUUCUACCAUUACUGCAUCACUCCAUUUUGAACUAGAGCAUAUACCAGAUUUUUCCCCUCAAGAUCCAUGAAUUAUUCACUGGAGAAAUUGUGAUAAUGUUGAUGAAUGCUUUAUGUUGCUAUUUCAGAGAAAGAGAAAUUAAAAUUCCUUAUUAGCACCAAAUUGUAAAUGUUCAGUGUUUAAAGAUUUAGGUGAAAUGGAUCUAGUGUCAGAAACAGAAUAUAAAUGAAUCCUAGUGAUGUUUUCAACUAAAUAAUACGAUUUGUGGUUUUCUUUCACCUAAAUGACCCUUUAUAUUUAAAUACUAUAUAUUUAAACCAGGAGCAGGUCCCAGACUGGACAAACUAAACCCCUGAAGGGGAGGAGACAGGGAUUCAGCUGUAACAUGCAACUUCACCACUAGAUGUCACUAAACUCCACACACUGUACCUUUAAUUGGUUCUUCCUCUAAAAACACCUCAGUAGUUUUUUCUCACAAACAAUCAAACCAAACAAACAGACAGAACCUCCGGGGCCGAGGUGACCAGGCGAGCUGCAGCCGUGGAACAGUGUUGCUGAAUGAGAUCUGAAAAAGAGGCUAAAAACUCCAUCACUUCCCUUCAUUGAUUCACUUUAAUCCAUAUUUAAAAAACCUCUGAAUCUUAGAACGUUUUUUAAAGAUAUGUACGUUAUUUGCUGCUGGAUGCAUUUCCAUUGCAGAACAAAUAUGAAUUAUUAACAGAAAAACAAAGAAGUUUUACGAAGCCUGGGAGAGGUGACUGUAUCCAACAAUGCAUUUUGCACCUUAUAAUAUUCAUGUUUGUAUUUCCAAGGGAAAUGUAGUUUAUGAAGCUCAUGUGAUAUUGUUGCAGUUGAAUUGCAAGGACAGAAAUGGAGGAUUUACCACAGAAUUUCAUGUUAUUCUAUAGGAUCAUGUAAACUGCACCUCGUGCUUCGUUUUUUUUCUUUCCGACGCCGCUCAGGCCUCGUAAUCUUAACACGUUUAAUCACACGUACAGUAUCUAUCACACGGCCGACUUCACAGUAUACAUCCAGUAUCUCUAGCUACAGCAGUUGUGUGUUGAUUUGAGUGCGUUGGUCCUGCUUACUGAGGGGAGGGGCCUCGGCUAACAGCUCAUUUCUCAUGACACACUGCAUCCGACCUUUUGUUCCAGGUGGCGCAUAUUUAAAAAAGAAUAUAUACUGUUGAUAUUUUUGAUCUGCUCAUGUAGUCUAUGAAAGACAGGUGCAAAUGACACUUUAACAAUAUUCAGUUACUAUAGUAAAUGGUGCUGCUUUUUACUCUGAAACUGUUGUCCUUUACCCAGUCCUAUGUGCACGCACACACACACACACGCACACACACACACACACACACACACACACACACACACACACACACUCACACAGACACACUCAAGGACUUUUUAAAACUGAGAUUUAUUAACAUGGUGCCCGGUGUCUCUCCAACGACGUGUGGGACAUUGUGACUUUAGGAAAGAUCAUCUUUGCAAUGCUCUCGCCCUCAGCGGUGAAAAUCAGGAGAAGGUUUCAUGGUGUAACUUCCUGUCUGGCUUGAGAAGAGGUCGGGUUUGUUUAUCAGACGGGAGAGAUAACAAGAUUUCGACAUUCCACCGACCUUUAAGUAGAAUCUACUACAGUCCAUAUUUUAUACGACACAGACGAAGAAUCCAUCUGACAUUUUGCUCACACAUGCCAAUUCAUUUGUCAAUCCAGUCCCAGCUGAUGAAGACAGGACCACCAGGUUUCCCAUGUUACUGUAAUACGACCAGUGCCCAGUAGGGGGCAGUAGUCUGUGUACUAUAAAUACUUUGGUGAGGUAGUGAGGGCUGCUUGUCAAGAGGGAGAGUCUUUAACUUUGUGACACGUAUGCAUCACUGCUGGAUGGGAAACCCUCACGUUACCAGACGGCCUUAAGCAAAAAAAUAAAAAACGAAUGUAGAGCCCCAAACGAUGCAAAAAAAAAAAAUCCAAGAGGAUCAGAAGAUGCUAAAAGAUCCAGGCAAGUCAACUCACGAGAUGUUUCAAGAGCUUUUUGACUUUACAGACACACGCAAAAAACUAAACAAUAUAAUUCAUUAAAGGGAAAACUGAGCAAAUUUUAGAUUUUCAACUUACAAGUCUAAUAACAACUGCUUUGGUCUGCGAUAGAGAAUUGACCAUUUUCAAUAUUCCUCCUUGUUUAUUUCAACUUUUGUUCUCAAAGAAAACAGACGACGGCUUCACUGAUCCAACAGCUGAUGGCUUUUGCAAUUCACCUGCUCUUCCACCUGACUGAAGGUCAAGCGAAUCAAGUCGACUUCCCACAGACUGCAUACUGUGAUUCCAUCUUGUGUUGUCAUCAUCAUCCAUCUAGGCUUUCCUUAAGGAGCUACCUUUUCAAACGGGGGAGGGGGGGUUCUGUGGUUUUGUAGCUUCAAGCCCAUCACUAAGAAUUUCCCUGCAAGUUGUUUCCACUUUCAAACCAGUGGUAAUAUUAUUGGUAAUAAUAAUCUAUAGAUUAGCUUCCCUGCCACCUGACAGAGACGAGGCAGCAAAGAGGAACUGGGAGAGUGAUGUGCUGAGGAUCGACUGGGAAGACCUACUGGUCUCUGGAUUAAAAUGGAAGGGGAGGGGGGGGGCUGAUUUCAGACACGAAGAUGUCCUCUAAAGUCACAGGGACACCGGCGGCUGCGAGCUGUCACAGUACAUACGACACAAACACACACACACACACACAUGCGCUGUUUAGAAAAAAAAGUGUUUUGUGACCUCACGCGGGGCUCGUCUGUGACCUUGGCUCGUCUGCGAUCGUGACACAUCAACACAACAUCUUUAGUGAGAACACUGAAUGUUUCUCUUCCUUGUCUGGGUCACGUUCUCGCUCACCACGCCACAAGGGGCUUAGACGUUUGGCAACUAUGUACAUGACAAAUCCUCAGGUGCCUUACGGUUUGAUUCUCAUCGGACUCUGUGAGUGAAUGUGUUGGGUUGAGGUUUGUGGAAGGACUGCAACACCUGCUAAGAGUGCCAGUUUGUCUGUGAUACCAUUACAAAGGGCUGGAAACUGGGCUGGGUCGGACUGCAGAAUUUAAAGACUUUAUAUUUGACUACUUCGGACUGUAAUAAACUUCAGCACAAUAACAGCAAGAGGGCAGGGAAGGAGGAUUCUGUAACACUUGUUAUCCUCUUCUUUUUGGGGUUUUGACUCAGAUCUCAUAGAAGUUCUGCUGCGUGUCACCACGAUGCAGUGAGAUCCACUUUACGAGUCAUGACUGUGGACACAUGUCCGUUCAAAUUAAGAUCAAUUGUAGAAAAUCGGUGGAUUAGACAAUUUAUACACAUUCUGUGCCUCGUUUCCAAACAGUUUUGUUUCUUGACUGUAAUUCCUUGUCAUAUUCGGACUCCGCUCCCCUAGUGUUCAACGACUGGAACUGCAGUUCUCUAUGGCUGGAUACAGAUGCCGCUGCAGCCAGGAGAGAAAUUGUCGGAUUAUGUACGCGUAGGGCAAUAUUUGGAAGAAAGAACGUGCUUGGUGAUUGCUGUUUAAAGCACAUUAUUUAUGUUGAUUAUAUUAUGAUCAUUAAAUCUAUCGAUGUACACAAAUCAUUUUCAGCAAAAAAACUUUUUGUAAUUUAUAGUGUUCAACUGGCAGAAACAGAAUAUAUUUAAAUAUACAAUUAUACAGUUUGAGUAACAAGAGUUUCAAACAAUUGAAUUAAAAUAGUCUCUUAGCUAAUUGGUGUUUAUGUUAAAACUUCCAGAGGCACAAAGUGUGUAAAGUCGGUCCGAACAUAAAAACACACUUCUGUCCGACUCACACACCGACACAGAGCUCGGUGGAAACAAGGCGUCGAUGUCUCAUCAAUUUCUGCAAAUCUAUAAAAAGAUAAUUUAUUUAAAAGUUCUAUAUAUUUUCCUUCUUGCUGUGAUAUUGUAAUCUCGUGAUGUUUUUAGCCUUUUUCUCGGCAUCAACAUCGGCAGAAUCUGGAGACUGACAAAACUUGACCAGCCAAAAAGUGCAAUAGUGUUUCAUACGAUGGCAGGCAGGCUCACCUACAGCUAUUUACCUCAUAGAUAAGCAUUUUAGCGAACAUGGUAUAUUAGGAGUAGUUUAAUCUCCACAGGAAGUAUUUGUCCUGCCUGUGUACUAUGCAGCAGUACUUCUGUGGGGCUGCAGAGCCUUGCAGGCCCUGGUGCACAUCACCUUUCAUUCACCGAGCACUGAAACAAACCCGUGUUCACCGUGCUUUACACUGCAGGAGCAACCAUGUGUGCUGUCACUGUCAUUGCCAUCCAAUUCCAAAUCCUAUAGAGUUAUCCUAUUUGCUUUACGCUGAUUUGAAAAAUAUAUACUGCAAAGAAAAAGGUCAGCUAACUUUCAGUAAUACUCAAAAAUGAGUCACGUUCAUAGUCGUCCUGAAGAUAAACCUCAGAGAAGUCUGUAUAGGUGCUGAAUCAAACUACUUCUCUCAUUGUACUUUUACAUUUUCUUCUUCUUUUGGCUUUAUUCUGACAAUCAGCACACAUUAAACACACACACACACACACACUGCAGCAGCGGUGUGAUGUCCUCAAGAUGGCGCCCUGAGUUUCCCUCAUGAUUCACAUGUUGAGGAUUCUUUUACACCGAGACUCCGUUCGAUUUUCAUUGAAAGCUUUUCUCCUGGAUUCUGAUACAGUUGCGCUGCAAAGAUGUCUUUCUACUGUUUGCUCUCUCUUCUCAUAAAUCACCUGGGUUCUGACUACGUGCUGUGGAUCGUCAGGUUUUGUUUCAAGCGGCAGUCGAGUGAGUCGUCACUGUGUUCGAUGUCACGCUUCCGUCACCACUGGGCUGUACCAGUGUAUUUGCUCCUCAAGCAAUAAGCCUGAUUUAGAUAUUUCAGUUGGUGUUUCGACCUUAUCUUACCUUAAACUGCUUUAUCGUUUAAAAACUGCUUAAAAAGUGGUUUGAAAUUUGGGGAAAUACCACAGACUGUAUAAGAUAGAUGAGGAGACAGUGAAACCAAAUCAUCUGGAUCGCCCCCUAGUGGGUAAGUGCUGUAAUCGGCUAUAGGUCAAAGCUAAAAAGCUAUAAAAUGGUUUCUGGGACUUUAGAUUGUUCUUAUCACAUAGAGGUUUGUUCAAGUGCUAAUAUUUCCAGUAAUUGACAUAAAAGGAAAAAAACUAACAUUUCACAGUGGUUAUAUACUGGUUUACUUAUUAGCUUGGAACAGAGAAGCUAGUCCAAAAUUAACAAAACCAGCAUAAAACCACAAAAUCCUAAUUUUCACACUUGAAACCGGUUAAUUUGUUCUGGUCGGUGGAUUUUGUUGCAUUUGGGUAGAGCCACGCCCCCAGUCUCUAUGCUAAGCCACACCCUCAGACUCUAUGCUAAGCUAAGCUAACGUCUCACAGGAUAAGCAAAUACUUCCCCAAAUUACAAAUAAUUUAUUGAAGCAGUCAAAUAUUUCUCUUUAGCUCAUGUUAGAUGAGAUUAUUCUUUAAAUGCAUUUCAGAUGCUCACAUGUAAAAAAUGCUCCUCACACUUGAUUUCUGUAAUAGUUUUAUUAUUAAUAUUUUAAUUUGUUAUUUUACUUACAAGCCUGACAAGUAUAAUACACAACAGAACGCAGGGCAGCUACACUAUUUGAAACCACAAACUCAACUCUUGCACCAAUUUCUUGACACACAAUCCCAGUGAAACCUCAAUAUACAGACGUACGCUGUCCACAUAUUGUUUUUGGAUUGUGUGUUUCUAGUUAAAACAACAGGGAGGAGCAGUGUUUGUGUGCUGUUUGUGUGUCUGUGCUUUAUGAGGGGAGAGAGCAGUCACAAUUUAGUUUGCCUCUGGUGGAGAAACGUCUUGUGUUGUGGCUGUGGGUAGAAAUAACAAGAGGCCUCCUCUGGGCUCUGGAAUGUGACACAGGAAACAUUUGAUAGCAUAAAAGGUUUGUGGUUAGCUUAACACUAUUUUCAAUUGUUAGAUAUCUCAAUAAUGAGGAUAAAUAUAAUGCCAAAUAUUCAGUAUUUGUACAGAAAUAUACAUAUAUAAAUAUAUAAUAUAUGCCUAAUUUAAAUGGAACUAUUUUCCGCUCUUGACCAUGUUUUUGUUGUUUACCGUUCCUUUGUCAACAUUAUUUUAUAAGAUCUUCAGAUAGCAUGCGGGAUAGUGAAAAUGAAUGUAUUCUUUAGUGUUUCAUUGCUGUUCAGUAUUGCAGCAUUCUACGAAUCAGUUUGUGUUUGUAAGAUUUAUUUAAGCUGAAUAUUUCAUUUCUAGAUUUUUUUUCUUUGAUCGAGUUGUAAAACUUUCUUUUGUUUUCUAAAUGCAGGAUUCUGACAAAUUUAAAUCAUUCUAUUAUUUCCCUGCUUUAUCAGCGUGGUUCGGUAUAUUUUGCCUCUUCUGAAGUUCUGCUAUCUACCAUGUUGUAAAUAAUUAUGCAAAUUAAACUUUUUGAAGAAAACUG